UAUACGAAUCGCACGGAAGUCGGAACCAAAUAACUCAAAAGUGGAAUAUUCUCUAGAAAAGGAUCGUGGUUCUAGUGGUUCCGCGAAAUCGGUUCGCCCCCCCCCCCAUAGUUGCGCCACUGAGUAAAAAAACGAAGGCUAUAGGCUUGGAAACGGUGUUGCGUCGAUUCGGAGACUGUAAAGCAAGCUUGGAGGUUAUUUGAUAUCUUGCAGUUAAUAAGGAUCGAAAGUUAUUUCACGGUGAUAUCAUGGCAGCCCAUGGAGCCCUGCACCCGGUCCUCGUGAGGUUCGGACGAAAAUUUGUGGGGUGCUGUGUCCCUCCCUCGUCCAACGAUUCCAACCCAAUUAUUCAUUAACAGGUUUAGUCUCAUCCCGGCGCAGUAGGACGGGUAGGACACGGCGAAGUAUGCACAAGAUGCUCCUGCGGAAAAGACCCGACACGCCUGAAAUCCUGUUCUGCCCCAACUGCCGUGGGAAAAAGACGCGCCGGUACAAUUAUCAACACGCUACCUCAGGUGCAGGAGGUUCGGAAAGGCACGGCACAAGGGGCUCUACAAUUGCAUUGAGUGUCCCGGACCGGCUUUAGAUCAGUAAUAGGAUGGUGUUCGCAGCGUAAACAGACACAGUUUCUGUUUUCAAACAUCUGCAAAAUACUUUUAAUGUUAUUCAGAGUUAGUUGAAAACUUCAGUUGAACAAGAUAGAUAUUCUUGAUGAAAUAAGAUUGUUUUGUGAUUUCUAGUUCUAUUGUGUGAAGUAGUGAGGAAGGUUCGAAAAUAACUUGUUUUUGAAGAUUUCGUUUAUCUACCUGCCUAUACAUUGGCAGGGCUACUCUAACUCCAACAUUGAAUACACAGGUUAAUCGAACUUGGAGCUGGAGAGACUUAAUACUCUAGAGUCAAGACUUGUCUGGAAACUAACUUGACUAGAGCCUGGAAAUUGAGCUGGCAGGAGAGCUGGAAGGAGAGUGAAUGGCUCGAAUAUUUUGAGGGGGAUAUCCCUCAUCUACGAUGCAGGCAGUCGAGUUCUACUCAGGAGGCGUGGUUCGGCCACACCCACCACCAGACUCCGCCUACAAGUCAUUAGGCUCAGUAUUUGCUCCGAAAGACUCUCCACCAGGACGGGAGACAAAGAAGAAGCAAGCGUGCAGCGUGCAGGUCAAUCCUGUUCAACCAACACCGGGAUUUCAGGCAGUCAAAUCAUCCCGGUCAGUACAGAACAUGGCUGAGCGGUCAAUGUCAGUUUCUGAAAGCGAGCGUACCCGCGGGCUGUCAAGCAGGACACCGCACAGGACCGCAGGCUACGGGGGCGCUGGUCAGCCUAGUCGAGGACCACACAGGUUUGGUUUGGGUGACAUGAGAGCAUCUUACAGUGAACGCAUUUCAAGCAGACAGAAAACUGGAAACAGGGAACUGCACUCAGAUGUAUAUAAAUCCAACUCCAGCCUAGACCUUGACCAUGAAAUAGAUAUGAUGGAUACUGCAGUACACGGGAAACGUGAGUUUGGAAGUCAUGGUUCCCUUGAGGUUGCAGGUCGAGGUCUCCCGUCCUCCUUCCAUCCUCCUACCGGCCUCCCGUCCUCCUUCCAUCCUCCCCCCGUCCUCCCUGGUCCUGGUGAGGGUCCUGCAGCAGUUUCAACCCUCACCCGUCCAACACAUUUCAACGGCCAGCUAAACAGAUCUGAAGAAUCGACCGGAAGUGUGGUUUCGACCGGAAGUUUAGAUCAGGGUGACCAGGUGGACGGUGGGCAGAGUCCAAAGCAGAAGAAGAAAGGUAGUGGCGGGUUCUGGAAUAAGGACAAGAGUAGUCGGAAAAGUCAGAAGUCAAUAUUUAAAAAGAAAAAGGAAAAUGAAUUGAUUAAAAGUGAUUUAAGCAGUGAGGACAAUAAACUUGAAGAUAAACAUAGAAGAAGGUUCUUUUCUCAUCAUGAUAUAGGAAGCGUAUGUGCCACACUUAGUGCUGGAGCUCGUCUUAAAACCUUGCAGCGGAGAAAUACAACUACAGGUGCUAGUGCAGCAAGUAAUGCUCUGCGUAACUCCGGAGGGUCCGGAGAUAGUCCUGACUCCGAGGAGAUGGAUCCUGGAGACGGAGUUAGUAAUCAACUUGUUCUCAGUUGCCCGUAUUUCCGAAAUGAAAUUGGAGGAGAACAAGAACGGCAAAUUGCGUUGACAAGGGAGACAGGAAGGAACUGGGGAGAGGAAGGGGCGGAUCUAAGAGUUCCCUGCCACACCCCCAGGAUGGCACGAGGCUUCUGUUUGCUUGAACAACCAAACACACACUGGAAGAACGGAAUAUGCCCAUACGCAACUGGAUAUGCAGUACCUACCCUUGAGAGAACUGACGCAGGAUCUGCGUACUACAAAAACUACUUCUACGCCAAAGAGCACCAGAACUGGUUUGGCGGGGACGAGAAUCUGGGACCAAUCGCCAUCUCAAUUCGAAGGGAACGGGUGCCCCUAGAAGAAGGACGAAUAAUGUCUCAAAACCUAGAACAGUACAUGUACCGGCUGAUAGUCCGGACGAGUGAACUGCUCCCCCUACGAGGGACGGUUUUGGAGGAUUCUAUUCCUGCUCUCAAGUCGGAGAAAGUGAAAACUAUUCCAACCAGAGAGGUUUUAGAGUUCUCAUUUCCAGAGCUUCAACUCUCCAGUUUACAUCUUGGUGUGCAGUCUGGUCCUUGUGAGGAACAGCUGGUUAAAUUAGAUCAGUUAUAUAAUGAUAAAACUUACAAGGUUGGUGUAAUGUACUGCAGAGCUAGCCAGCAGACGGAGGAGGAGAUGUAUAACAACGAAGAGGGUGGUCCGGCCUUCAACGAGUUCCUAGACCUUAUAGGACAGAGAAUCAGACUCAAGGGGUUCAAUAAGUACAAAGCAGGACUAUGCAAUAAGAAUGAUUCUACGGGUGAGUACAGUGUUUACACCGAGCAUGAGGAACGGGAAAUAAUGUUUCAUGUUUCUACCCUUCUUCCAUAUACUCAUAAUAAUAGACAACAGCUGCCGAGAAAACGACACAUUGGAAACGAUAUUGUCACUGUAGUCUUUCAAGAACCGGGCGCGCUUCCCUUCAUACCCAACAUCCGGUCACAGUUUCAGCACGUGUUCAUCAUUGUGCGCGCACAUAAUCCUUGUACAGAUAAUACUCAAUACAGUGUUGCUGUGACCCGGUCCGCCAAUGUUCCAAUGUUUGGUCCUCCUUUACCCCCUGGAGCUCUCUUCAGUAAAAACUCAAGUUUUACAAAGUUCCUUCUCUCUAAAAUUAUUAAUGCAGAGAAUGCAGUUCACAGGAGUGACAAGUUUGUGUCUAUGGCGACUAGAACUCGACAAGAAUACCUCAAAGAUCUGUCGACAAACUUUGUGACGCCGACCACUAUCGACUCAGGAAAUAAAUUUGCAUUGUUUGCGCCUAAGAAGAAGAUGAGCGCAAGGCCCCGGUUUAGUCCUGACGCUAGCCUGCGGGGCGCACUCAGCUGGGCCGUGGUCGUCGAGGACUGUUCAACAAAUCAGCAGCUCGAGGCUUUCGUUGCAAUCUCCAGCGAUACCUUGGUCAUUAUUCAGGACAAUCCACAUAGAGAUCUUUUAUUCAUCACAGCCUGCAAAUCUAUACUUGGCUGGUCAGCUACUCAUAAUUCCAUCAGAAUAUUCUAUCAUCAGGGCGAAUGUGUUAUAAUUCACUCUAAAGACUGGGAGGCGGAUGAUAUGGCGGAGAUCUCCGCCCGUCUAAAGUCUGUGAGCCCAGGUGCGGCGAGCCAAGAGUUCUCUCUACGGCGGAAUCAACUGGGUCAGCUUGGAUUCCAUGUACAACACGACGGGUUGAUAACAGAGGUGGAGAACUUCGGCUACGCCUGGCAGACAGGGCUACGCCAGGGCAGCAGGCUUGUUGAGAUCUGCAAACACCCUGUGACGACGUUGACCCACGAGCAGAUGGUUGACCUGCUCAAGACGAGCAUGAUGGUGACCGUGACCGUUAUUCCGCCUCACCCCGACGGUUCCCCACGGCAGGGUUGUAAUCUCACCAACUGCAGUUAUGCUUUCGGAGGGUUCGAGGGAGAUUAUGAGAACGUGAACGGAGAAGGAGAGAAGACAAGUCUGAAACCAGGAUCAAUGCAGGCCCCGUCUAAUGGUAAGAUGAGAUAUGAACGAUCCCUCUCCCCUCCACGAUCCAGUUCAAGCUCAGGAUACGGGACAGGAUCCAGUAGCAAGUCCUUCACGGAUCCUCCUGAUCCUAGAUACACAGGUGUACCUAGAGCUGCUCCUGAGGGAACCCUAACCUCCUCCUCCAGCGGUUUAUCUAGUGAUGAGCGCUGGUAUGAUUUUAUGGAUGUUCCUCUCUCCUCGGAGAACUCUCCUCCACCACUCCCGACCAGGAUAGGAUCUAAAACCUCCGCCUUUCAGACCGUAUCCAAGGGGCGGAAGGAAGACGAGUAUCCAGGGUUUACUGGAUACACACCACCAGUCCGUGGAUACAACGGAUAUGAAAGCGCGUCAUCUAGUGAUACAGUCAAAUCAUCCUCAACGGUGCACAGAGGUGAAAUAACAGUGCAGGAGGAGACGCGGUCGGUUGACGCGCGCAGCACGUACCUUACAGACUUUGAGUUGACUGUUUCAGCCUCAGACGAGCGAGAAAAUUUAAGUGUUGAAAAGGAGGUUGAUUAUCUGAGACAUGAACGUUUAGCCGCACUGAAGCCCUCAUUAGAUCCCCAGGAUAGUUUGAUGAAUGAACGGUUACUAGCAGGUCGGUCAGAGGACGAACUUUCUUCCUCAAGUCAUAGUCCUAACCGUCCUAGACAAGGUCGGAGAAACACAACGGGAGCAACAACUCCGUCCUCUACAGCCAGUAAUAGUUCUCGAGGACACAGUCCGAGAACAACCAGUGGCCUACCCGAGGCUGCAAAGAAGAAGGUUGCGAGGUCGGCUAGGAACUCUGCCAACCUGGCCUCCUCUACCCUGCAGGAGGAUCUGAUGAAACUAAUAAGUCCUGAGUAUACUGAGGAGGGAUCUGUCCAGGACUCUCCUCUAUCUAAACUACCAAAGAAAACCCUGACUGAGUUGACCCUCAUGAAAUCUAGAUCCCGAGAGAAUAUUGCCAGGCUCGAGGACAAUGUUUCCAAUGAGGUUAGUUUCCAUAUGGCGAGGCCGGCCACUGUAAUCUCCAACUCCUCCCACACCUCAAGUCCCGGAGAUAGAAACCUAAACAUAUCAAACCUGAGUAAGGAUGAUCCAACCUCUCCUGACAACCCUGCUCGAUCCAAGGUUUCUCCAGUAGGGAUCAAAGUUGGGAAACAUAAUGGAAUCAAUCCAUCCGUCCCACCUGGUACUGUUGUAGUAUCCGGAGCAGCUGGUGGUGGGAGCAAACCUGAGGAUAUGGACUGGAAUAGUUUAGUAGAUACUGCAACCAAAGCUAUGUUUAGUUCUGAGGAGGAGGAACCGUCUCCAGGUGUAACCAGAGCCAAUCCUUCUCCCGGAGUACCGGAGGAGAAGGUUCUGAGGCUGUUGGAGCGCGUAACCUUGCUGGAGAAGGAGUUGGAGGGGGAGAAGAAGAGUAAAGAGCAUUUGAGCAGUCAGGUGGAUCAACUUAAGGAAGAGAAUGUUAGACUCCAGGAAGAAAGCCAAACUGCUGCACAGCAACUUAGAAGAUUUACUGAAUGGUUUUUUCAAACCAUUGAUAAAUCUUAGACACGCUUCAAGCCCGGCCUUUGAUUCUUAGACGCGCUUUCAGAUUACAAAUAUAUAUAUAUUAUAGAUUUCUACAGCUUUAUAUUCAAUAAGGUUGGAAUCCUACAUGUUUUAAGAAAAUUCUUGGUUUAACCACGUUGAGUCCCAGUGAAGGAUCAUUAUUUUUUAUAUUUAUAUAUAUUAUAAAUAAUAUAUGUCCUAAUGUUUCUAGAUAAAUUCAUUUGCUGCACUUUGAUAAUGUUCUAAUAGGUUGGUGCAGUACAGUUCAGUACAGUACAUGUGUAUAUUUUUAUAUUGUUGAUUUAAAUAUAAUUUUGUAUUAUUUGAGACAGUAUGUAUCCUUUUAUACAUUUCUUGUAAUAAAUUCUCAGCUAUA